AUGGAGUCAAGGUCGAUACGCCUCAGACUCCUUCUCUGCAUCGCCGCCGCGUUACUAGCGGCCGCGAUACCGUCCACAACAGCCAGCACGAAAGAGCUCGAAUCCUUCCGAAACCCUUCCCCGCAGCCAUACGCCAUGCAAACGUCGGGAAGUGGCGCCGGCGGUGGUAGCUCGCAAAUGAAGUUGCGUCGCCUGCUGGUGUUCAAACCAAGUUGCUCCAAGAACCAAACCGCCUGCCGCUCCCGGUGCGUGGACCUAUUGACUGACGUCAACAACUGUGGGGCGUGUGGCAACUUCUGCGAAGUGUCGCAGAAUUGCUGCGGUGGCAGCUGUGUGGAUCUCCUCCACAACUACGAACACUGCGGCUCCUGCGGGAAAGAGUUAGAAGCUGACGGCCAAGGGACUGACGGCCGAACUGACGGCCUAGGGACUGACGGCCGAGAGGGGACAAGCGGCCAAGAAUCAGGGAGCGGCGCGAGAUUGUGGGGGAAAGAGACGUGCAAGGGAUCGAAUGGGGACGAGGAGUGGCUCGCAGCAUGGGCGGCAGACUCGAAGGAUGUGAACGCGAGCAUUGCGGCUCACCUGGGGACGGCCACCAGGUACGAGGACUCGCUAGCAGCAGCGGGCGGCCCACAGUACCAGGAGCACCUCAACCUGCCGCCCUCCUGCACGCCCAUCUACCUCUUCCUCCUCUCACGCGCCCGGUCCCCUAGUCGCGCGCCCUGUCUCGUCGUCGCGCCGCCCUCCCCCCCCCUCCACCUCGUCGCGCGCCCUACUCACCGCCGCGUCGCGCGCCCUGCCCGUCGUCGACGUGCGCGGCCGUCCCGCCGUCGACGCGCGCGUCGACGGCGACGUGCGCGGCCUCCCCGCCGUCGAUGCGCGCGCGCGUCUUGCCCACCGCCCUCCAUCUCCUUGGCCACCCUUCCCUCCUCCCAGCCACCCUUCCUUACCCUCUCGUGGGCGGCCUGCCACACCUCCCUGCAGGCGCCUUCCCCUCCCCCCCGUGGUGCGCCUUCUUCUGCCGUUUCUGCACCACCUCCUCCUUCUCCCCUCACCCCAUCCGCCUCUUCACCCUCCUCCUCCUCUCCUCAUUCCUUCCUCCCUUCCGUGCCUUUCCUCCCUUCCUCCACCUCCUUCCCCUCCGCAUCUGCCACCUGGCUGCGUGUUACUGAUUGCCACUUGGUGAUCGUGACCCUACUUCCUCCCCACACUCCGCUCCUUCACCCUCCUCCUCCUCUUCUCUCUCCCUCUAUUUCCCCCACCCUCUCACCUCUUCCUCCGCCUCUCUUCUCUCCCUAUCUGCUGCAGCUGGUAGCUGUCCAUGUUUCGUCGCCUUCCACCCCUAUCCCUCCUCCUCCAGCUGACUACAUCGCCCCUAUUCCUCCUCCUCUUUUCUCUCUCCAACACUGCUUUACUGCUAUCCCCUCCCCCAUAUGGGGCCUCUUCUCGCUCUUACCUCUCUUCCUCUGCGCUUCCAUCCUCACCCUUCUCCCGCCGUACCUCCUCUCCUACCAUUGCCUUCCCUACUCUCCGCCCCCUUCGCUGCCCCUUCCUCCCCUUCCGCCCUUCCUACUUGCCGUUGUACCUCCCCUCUUCUCCACCCCUCUUCUUGGAUUCCGCUAUCCCAUCAGCGUCGCCGCUCUUCUGCCGCUGUAA